AUGAAGAAGUUCAACAAGGAAGGCAUUCGGAGGAAGCUCACCUCUGUUCACGCAUGGGAACUCCCCAAGCAGACCGGCGCUUUGGCGCCGGUCUAUGUCUGGACGAACCGUGACAUGGAUCCGACGCCCAUCGAGGACCAGACUUGGAAUAUCUGGAGUAUCAUGGCCUACUGGGCUACCGACACCAUCAACCUCGGUACAUGGGAAACUGCUUCUGGUAUUCUUGCCGUUGGUCUAUCCUGGCGUGAGGCCAUUCCAUGUAUGGUUGUUGGCACGUUCUGUGUUGCCAUUCCUAUGGUUCUUAAUGGUGCCAUUGGUGCGAAGCUCCACGUCCCCUUCUCCGUCAUUACAACCAGCUCCUUCGGCUACUACCUGCGAUACUUCUGCAUUGUCUCCCGUGCGAUCCUCGCCAUGUUCUGGCUAGGUAUUCAAGGCGCCAGCGGAGCGCAGUGCAUUACUAUCAUGCUUUGCGCUCUAGCACCAAGCUACAACAGAAUUCCCAAUCACCUGCCCGCGAAUGCCGGUAUCACUACUCAGGGCAUGUGCUCGUAUUUCUUGUUCUGGAUCAUUCAGUUGCCGCUUCUGCUGAUCCACCCCACCAAGCUCAGACCCAUCUUCGUGGUCAAGCUUGUUGCUGCUCCCGUGGCCGCUAUUGCCACUAUGGGCUGGUGCAUCCACAAGGCUGGCGGCGGCGGUGAUAUCUUCAAGUUGCGAGCCGAGGUUGGGGGCUCAGAAUAUGCUUGGCUAUGGCUGAAAUGCAUGACCUCUGUCACCGGAUCGUGGGCGACGCUGGCUUGCAACAUCCCCGACUUCACCAGAUAUGCAAGAUCUGCCAACGGACAGUUCAUUCAGCUGCCUUUCUUACCCAUCAUCUUCACCGUCUGUGGUGUGCUUGGUAUUGUUACGACCUCCGCCAGCAAGGUCUUCAGCGGCGAAUACCUGUGGAACCCCCUUGACAUUAUCAGACUCUGGCUUGAUAAUGGCAGUGGCGGCCGGUGCGCAGCAUUCUUCGCUGCGCUGGCCUGGUAUGUUGCACAGGUCGGCACGAACAUUACAGCCAACUCUAUCUCGGCUGCCAAUGAUCUGACUGUCUUGUUCCCACGAUGGGUCAACAUCAAGAGAGGAUGCAUGAUCGCAGCCGUGAUCGCCGGAUGGGUCCUUGUCCCGUGGAAGAUUCUGAGCUCUGCCUCGACUUUCUUGGCCUUCAUGGGCGGCUAUUCUGUCUUCCUUGCACCGAUUUCUGGUAUCAUGGCCGCCGACUACUGGCUGAUUAAGAAACAGCACGUUGACAUUCCUGCGCUGUAUAACCCUCACGGCCGAUAUAGAUUCAUCAGUGGCUGCAACUGGCGUGCUGCUGUCGCCUUUCUAGUUCCCGUCGGACCUCUGCUGCCAGGUCUCGCGCUCAGCAUCAGUGGCGACACGAAGGUCCACAUUUCUGUAGGCACGCAGCACCUGUAUACUUUCAACUGGUUGUUUGGCUUUGUGACAUCCAUUAUUCUAUACACCGCCUUCAGUCUUAUCUUCCCUGCGAAGAAGACGGUCCUCACUGACACGAUCUGGGGACUCGAUGAAAUCGCUCAUUACCACUACACCGCGACCAACAUACCUCUUACAGCCAACAACAAACUCCUCAUGCACCUCCCUAUCCUGCCGCCACCCGGCUGGCUGGAGACAGUUGCCGCGCGAUAUUCUUCGUUAAAGGUCCACUGGGAAGUUGCGUAUAUCGAAGGCGGCAUACGCGAUAUCCAAGGCGUAGAGACGCUCCCUCCCGAAGUUCUCGAAGGUGUCACGAUGAUCUGCGUCUACCCCCCAACGAGACCCGAGAGUGUUCCCAAUGUGCGCUAUGUCCAGCUUGCAUCCGCUGGCUAUGAUCGUUGA